AUGCGCCUCAACGUGUCGUCCAUGCUCGAGCGCCUCCAGGACCAGACUGCCUCAGACAACCACUACCUCCAGCAAAGCCUGGACGAAUACGGCGAUGCCGUCCUGGAAGAGGACGAGUUCCACGAAACCAACAACCCCAUCAUGGACAAAGCCCUUGACGCUGGCGCCGAAGGAUUCCGUGUGUUAACAAACUUUACACCGGAGGAAUUCGAGGUCAUCUGGGGGAAUGCUGAAUCUGCUAUGACAUCACGUUGGAAUGACGGUCGUGGUCGGAAGUCCGCAACAAGUGCCAAAGACGCGUUCUUUGUUACUUUAAUGGUAAUGAAACACUACCAAACCUGGAUAAAGCACGCUGUCGACUUCGGCCUGAAGGCACCAAUCUUGGAGAAACUCGUCGUGAAGGUGGUCGGCGUGUGCUCGAAGCUCCUGUACGCCUGUUUCGUGUCUUUACCCCGCAUGACGACGCUGCGCUCCAAGGACAAGGUGUUCACUCACUACCCCUAUGCACUGUAUGCGACGGACGUCAAGUUCCAACCGGCCCAUCGUCCCUCCGGCCGCUUCAAAGCUUCCGUCUCACCUGAGGGUUUGCUUGUCGACAUGAGUCCUCACGAGCCAUGGUCGGUGUCUAACCUCACCAUGUUCCGAAGCCGCCUGGACCAACACACUCAAGCGCUCGCGAAGGACGACUACGACGACACCAUCAACGACUACGGGCAACUGUUCCGAGAGCAUCCUACCUCGUGGGCAGUCCUUGUGGACAAGGGAUAUAUCGGCCUUGCGGCGUCGGCGCGUGCCAUACGUCCGAAGAAGUAG